GGCGGGGCGAGGAGAGAGAGCUUCCGGGCGGGUCGCUCUGUCUUUCCCGCCCGAGCGAUGCUCUCUUCCCUGCUGAGGCAGUUUUCCAUAAGGGAAGGCCAGGGUCGCGCUCUCGGCCUUUGGCUUCUUCGCCCCCAAAUCCCCCCCCCGCCUCCAUGACUCAGCAGUUCCAGGUCCUGAGGUGCGCCUUCUGCCGCCUCUUCCAAGUCCAGCAGGUCAAAAAGAGCAAAAAGUGGAAUUGUAAAGUAUGUAACGAAAAGCAGUCCAUUCUAAAGGUUUUUGGCCAGGGUUCUGGAUCUGAUUGCAGACAUCAUGUGCAAAAACUGAACUUGCUGCAAGGAGAGAUACAGCAGGCACCUGUGAACAACAUGCUUAGAGAUAUAGAAGAACCAAUAGAGAUGAGUAAUGCGAACACAGCUAACUUCAAAGAGAAAUUGGGCCAGCAGGAGGAAAAGGUAGAGCUAUUCAGCCGUUGGACUAAAUAUCUGGAUAAAAAGUGUGAGGAGCAAGAGGAAGAAGCAUUGCAAGCAGAGGAACAGGCCUACUUUUCCAAGGGAGACAUAGUGAAACAUACAAGGAAACGUAAGAAAUCUGACUUGUACACUACCGAUACCCAGAGACACGAGAAGAGGAAUGUUUCAGGAUUUACAGAUGAUGUGAAAAGAUUUGAGGAGAACAGUAAUGAUUCAGUCACAGUGAGUACAAAAUGCUGUGGAGAUACCACAUGUAAAAACAUGUUGAUUCCUGAUGUGAAAGAGCAUAUGAUACACAGGAAGAACCAAGAUCCAUGCUCAAAAGGUGCUGGACUUUCCAAAUGGGACAAAUUUCUGUUAUCAGGUAAAAGCUAUACUAGUGAUGUGACAACUUCUGCAUUACAAAAGAGACAGGAGACGUUAGCUGAAACAUCUGUAGUUGGGGGAAAUGUUAGCGCGGACACCUCUGGCAGUAUCAGCUUCUGUAACUACCACCAUGCAGCACAGCAGAAUGUGGCCAUUCCAUGUGAAGGAGCAGAAGAGGUCAACCCCAUUCAUAUUACACUAGCCAGCAUUCCUGUGGGAAGAAGCAGAAAGCCUCCAUCUUUGCCUAGUGCUCAGUUUCAACAAAGACUGCUAAAUAGACUGCCUGAAAAAACUACUUCCACACAUUCUACCAGUAUUGUUGCUGUCUCUAGUUCAAAAACACCACCCAGAAGCUUUUUUUCUAUAGGAGAAGAUUUUGAUGAUGACAUUUAAAGCUCUUUUGUCUUCUUACAAUUGGAUUUGCCACUUUUCUGUUCUGGUGUGGAUUAGUGGAAUCUUUAACAUUUAAAAGUCAUAUUGUUAAUGACAAAGUUUUUGCUGUAUAUAAUAAAAGGCCAAGUACUUUAAAAAGCA